GCAGCCAAUCAGCUGCUGACGCAGAUGACGUCAGCUGCAGCCAACUUGAGAGCAGCACGGACACACCGGGCAGAGAAACACAAACACGCACACACACACACGCGCGCACACACACCGUCCCUCCCGGAGCCGGACAGCACAAGCCCCCGGGCCGACAGUGGAGGACACAUCCAGGCUUCCAGGAGCAGCUGCAGCCCGCUGUGACGGUGGACCUCACUUCGCCUUACUUCGUGGACAUGGGAGACAUGGGGGACCCGCCGAAGAAGAAGCGGCUGGUGUCGCUGUGCGUGGGCUGCGGGAACCAGAUCCACGACCAGUACAUCCUGCGGGUCUCUCCGGACCUGGAGUGGCACGCCGCCUGCCUCAAGUGCGCCGAGUGCAGCCAGUACCUGGACGAGUCGUGCACCUGCUUCGUCCGGGACGGGAAGACCUUCUGUAAACGGGACUACAUCAGGUUAUACGGCAUCAAAUGCGCCAAAUGCAACAUCGGCUUCAGCAAGAACGACUUCGUGAUGCGGGCCCGAUCCAAAGUCUACCACAUCGAGUGUUUCCGCUGCGUGGCCUGCAGCCGCCAGCUCAUCCCGGGGGACGAGUUCGCGCUGCGCGAGGACGGCCUCUUCUGUCGGGCGGACCACGACGUGGUGGAGCGGGCCAGCCUGGGCUCCGGGGACCCGCUCAGUCCUCUGCACCCCGCCAGACCGCUUCAGAUGGCAGAGCCCAUCUCGGCCCGUCAGUCCGCGCUACGACCCCACAUCCACAAGCAGCCGGAGAAGACCACCCGGGUGCGGACGGUUCUGAACGAGAAGCAGCUCCACACGCUGCGGACCUGCUACAACGCCAACCCCAGGCCGGACGCGCUGAUGAAGGAGCAGCUGGUGGAGAUGACCGGCCUGAGUCCGCGGGUCAUCCGCGUCUGGUUCCAGAACAAGCGCUGCAAAGACAAGAAGCGGAGUCUGUUGAUGAAGCAGCUGCAGCAGCAGCAGCCCAACGACAAGACGAACAUCCAGGGGAUGACCGGGACCCCGAUGGUGGCGGCCAGUCCGGAGCGGCACGACGGCGGCAUCCAGGCCAACCCCGUGGAGGUGCAGAGCUACCAGCCGCCCUGGAAGGUUCUCAGCGACUUCGCCUUGCAGAGCGACAUCGACCAGCCGGCCUUCCAGCAGCUGGUCAGCUUCUCAGAGGGCGGACCGGGCUCCAACUCGACGGGCAGCGAGGUGGCGUCCAUGUCCUCUCAGCUUCCAGACACGCCGAACAGCAUGGUAUCCAGUCCCAUCGAGGCCUGAGAGAGAGAGCACACGCGUCCGGCCGCGCACCCUUCCCCAGGCUGCACCAGACAACCCCUGGUUGUGUUUUGACACUGUGAAGACAAUCAUGGGAUUUUAGGACGCACCGGCACCGAGGCUUGGCGCCGCCUCGUCUUUCCGCCUGGUUCCAGUUUUGCCAAACGCAGACGCCCCCCUCAUCCACGCAGGGACCUCGGACUGGACUGACCGGCGCAGAAACACAAGGCUGCGCGCCACCGAGUACAUACGAGUGGCGAUUUUCUCAAUUAGAAUUGGAUACACGCACCUGCAGAAUUGGGAGGAAACAGCACCGCUUUUUUCCUGACUAGUCCUUCAUGGCCCGGUAAAGCAUUUGCAACAAGGUAUACCUCUAUUCUGCCACAGGCUUCGUGGGGCAUUUGUGUGAUUUCGUGUCCGUCCGACGUUUCGUUCUGAUUUUGUUUUGUUCCAAAGAUGUGUAUAAUUAUAAUUAAUAACUUAAAGAUCACGGUCUGGAAGAAAACUUUUCGUUUGUUCCCGUGCAACUGAAAAUAUUUAUUAUUUAUUGUCAACAAAAUGGCCACCUUUUAUGUAACUUUCUUAAAUGAAGUAAAAAGAAACUCAAAAA